GGCGAGUCAGGGAGUGCCGCUCGCGGCACAGAGGCAGACAAGCGGUCAGGCGAGAGAGAAGAAGAGAGAAAGAGCGAGAGAGAGAGGGGCCCGAUGGGGUCGUAGUGGGGCCCAGUCGGUCGGAGUCUCACGCCUUCCGUCAGUCCUCAGUCCGGCGAGGAACGUGCAGGAGGUUACAGCCCGUUAUUCCACUGUCUGUUGCUCGUUUCGUGCGGGUUCCAUCGACAAAUAGUCGUCCAAGUAGAAAGAAAAGGUGUUCUCGGUGUAUCGACCGAACAGGAGUGCGGUAAAACCUCGAACAGGAAGAGAAUCCAUUGGUUCCCAGGUCUGGUUAGCAGGCAGAGGCGGUUGCAGCGCCAUCUGUGCGACGGUGGAGCCGAUGAGGUGCGGAAGAACGUCGAAGACGGCGGUUCGCGUGGCUGACGCCUGCGGCCGCGCCUCUGGAUUCCAGCAGCGGCGACACACCGCUCAACGGGCCCGUUGAAUUCCAGCCAGUGUCCGUGAGCGAUUCGCGUUUGUCGGUGUGCCGCGCUUACCUACUGUCCCGUCGAUCGGUACACGUGGAGGUGAGGGGCGACCAAGAGGACGCAGACGCCACUGGUGUACACCGCAUACCACGGCACGGGAGGACCUGGCCCGAAGGAACGAGAACGGUGGGGGGUUGGAAAAGGUUGGCGAGAGCUGGCCUCGUGGAAGAAAGAAACGAGAAGCCGAAGAGGCGAUAGAAGGGAAGCCAGGUAGAGAGGACAGAGAGGAACGACUCGUACCUUGGUGGGGAAACCGUCAGAAGGCGGCCAUAAUGGCCUGACGCGAUCUCGAGCGAGCGGCGGCUACAGCUGCUGCGAAAUAGCCGAGAGCGGCUCUCCUCGUCGUCCACGCACGCGUAUUUUGCAACCACGGACGGGCUGCGUCUUUGGAAAGUGACUGCGUAAUCGCGAGUGCGGAGUGUGUUACCGGGUGGAGUCGUCGUUUCGUUCCGUGUGCACUGUACGGUCGCGCGUGUACUCGAAUUACUCCGCGGGUUCGAUGAUUCGACGGUUCUGGAUCGUCGCUAGUCUCCUCGCGAUCGUGCAUGCUCCGUUCGAGUAGCUCGUUUGAUUUCUCGUCGAGUCCGAAGAGGAAAACCGGAGGCUAGGACCGACUCUGCCUGGACCAGUUCGAUCGACCGAGCCGACCAGAAAAAUGAGGGGUGCCAAUCAAGAUACGGCUACGCCGUACUGUCGGUGCAGAGUCCUCUAUCUGGGCAGUUCCGUGCCUCACGCGAGCAAGGAGGGCUUGUUGGGCGUUCAAGAACCUCUUCGAGAACUGUAUCCCGAACAGGGUGCACUGGGAGCACGUGGGAUCGAUUCUUGGCUGAGCGUCUGGAGCAACGGCUUGCUGCUGGAGAACGUGGACGAACAUCGCAAGAAGGUCACCAGGUUUUUCCCGAUCGAGGCGCUUCACUACUGCGCCGCCGUCAGGCACGUAAAAGGCGGAAGCGGAGAUUCCUCGAACACGAGGUUUCUGCCUUUGGACUCCCCGUUCGCGAGGACGCCCAGCGCCAACCAUCCGCCGCUUUUUGCUGCCGUGCUACGACGAACAACCGGCAUCAAGGUUCUCGAAUGUCACGCGUUUAUAUGCAAGCGCGAUAUGGCGGCCAACGCCCUGGUCAGGUGUUGUUUCCACGCGUACGCGGACAGCAGCUACGCCAAAGGACUCGAUCCGAGCACGACCGCGACCACCACGACUACGACCAACGGAGUAACGUCCGGUCAUCCAUCCAACAACAGCCUCUAUCACACUCUCGGUGGGUCCAGCACCACCUUGGACAGUCCACAGGCGACGCGGUUGGACGCCACCUCGACCGACGACCUCAGUCUUUACAACGGAGACGAGAAUCACAAGGUUUGGGCCAGAGGUCGAGACGAAGUCGACGGAUUGUAUCAGGAACAAGGCACUCUACGAAGCACCAAAGGAUCCAGGCCUCGUCAGCUGGUCGCUCCGCCACCUCCUCCGCCGCCGCCGCCUCCUCCGGCUCAGCCUUUGCUCCUAGAGGAGUCCUCCUCGUCAUCCGUUCGUAGGAAGGCCAACAAGAAGUUGAAGAAGCUGAAAAAUCGAUCGACACACGAGGAUACGUUGCAGCAGCCGCACCUGCACCCUCAAAUGCAUCAGGGAAUGUACACGAACGGCUAUGGCCAUCACACCUUGGGUCACCCGGUCAGGCAACAACACUAUCACCCGCAUCCUUUACCACCUAGCAGUCGGUCGGUCGCUGGAACUCUGGCCAGACCAGCGCCGGUGCUUCUCGUCCCUGCUGCCACGUUACCUAGGAAGGCCCACCAUCAUCCCAGAGGGCUCAGACCGAUCCCGGCAGCCGCUCCGAUCGUCCCGGUUUACGCUCCUGUCCCGGUAGUGCCUCCGCCGCCAGCGGCAGCCAUCUAUCCGGCCGGAACCUACGGGACUGCCGGGAACAGGGGCAGAAGGCAACAUCCGGAAGGCGAUACCUCCACUCUAGGAGCGUCCAGGAGACUAGCGGCGUCUCACGCCGACCUUACCAGCGCCGAAAUGAACCGAACGACCGACAGUCCCGAGAACGAAUCCCGUUUCGGCACCGGGAUCUAUCGACGGAAGGGUCACUUGAACGAGAGAGCGUUUUCUUACAGCAUCCGUGCCGAACAUCGCAGCAGGAGCCACGGUAGCCUGGCCUCCUUGGGCUUCAGUGGACAGAACGGCAACGCGUUGCCCAAGGAGGAGAAGAAGGACAGAGAAAUAGCUCAGUUGGUGGCUGGACUGAACCUGGACGACAGUCCCGAGAGGACGCAGCCUCCGAUUAACCCCAGAAGCGGCUAUUCCCAUCAUCAACAUCAGCUCCAGCCAAUACCCAGGCCGCGACCUCGUUAGGACUCGUCAGUUUCUUCCGUUGCCUCGCAAGUGCGUCGUCGUAACCUCGGAAGCGGAUGUUGUUGGACCGUUUGUCGCGUGUUCCUCGGGUCAGUCGUUUGUAUUUUCGAGGUUCUAUCGACCUGUCGAUCCGUUUCGGGUCUGGCUGCGGGAUACCUUAUCGCUCGACAAAAGUGAGUGAUGACUUCGAUCGAACACGAACGAUCAGUUGCUCAGAGACUCGGGAAACCAGUUGACAGUGCGAACGACGUACAGAUACGUUUGAGCUAGUUUCGUAAAGUCCAUCGGGGAAUUUUAAGUAGGGCACUUGUUCGACGGAAGAAGGAACUUCUUUCUCGUGGCGUUAGCGUGGAAAAUCGUGAUGGGUGGCCUGGCUCGGACAGCCUCCGACUGGUUCAGGUGGCUUUCGAUUCUCGGAACAACCUUGCCCGAGUAGGAAAAUUACGGUCUGGGAAAAAAGCCGAUGGCACCCGGCCUCAUCUUCGUCCCCGGUUUCUACCUGUGACCUUCUUCGUCUUAUCUCGAAAGUCGAUCGUCUUUGUCGAAUGAAGGACUUCGAUCGUUGCACCUUAACGGUUCGACCGUAACAUCGCAGGGAACCCUAUAAAAAUUCAUUUCGAGGCGAGAACCGAUUCUUUGUCGGAAUAUUUCGAGAGAAAGUGGCUCGUGCUCGUUUUCGUUCGAGUAUCAGAAAUUCUUUGGGUAGCCUCGGCAUUUCCCUGUCUUGGACUGUAGUGCACUCGAGUUGUCGGCAAAAAAUUGUAUUUCGUACGCGAGAUGUUUGGACAGUUGUUGGCGGAAGAGGUUGCGAAAAGCGACCGUUCUGUUAUAAAAACGAGCCAGUUAAUUAGAUGAGCUAGAAUUAUUGUCGCCCGAUAGAAAAGAUUGUUCUAGUGGCUGGAGCUCGUUAGUCAACGAAACUGUGCUCGUCCACGCUACCUCGUAAUAUUUCCUCUGAGAAAACGAGUUGGUAGCUUCGCCAGAGACCCAUCGUUUCGUGGAAACUAGACUCCGGUGGAUCCAAUUACAGUAAAGGGGUAAUUUUAAAAACCAUCGGCGAAAUCACGUGCAUAAUUUGAUUUGUAAAAUAUGGACGAAACAUCGGGCAAGGGACAUUCGAAACAGUUCGAGGAUUAUUUCUUUGAAAAGUAUUAUCGUUUCUUCUUUUCUCCGCCAUUUCGUGACGUUAACGUUCCAUGUUUUUAUGGACUAUCGAACAAUCGUAUCAGCAAUUUUCCUCUAGGAAAGGUAAUGCAACGAUUUAAAUUCCCGCCGCAUGAAUUUCGUGUCGGCUCUCUCGUGGGAACGUGAACGUUAAUCUUAAUUGCGUGAGAAAAAAUUAUACACACAGUGAAGCGAAAAGGAACGAGGGUUUCGAGAUGCUCGGUUAUAAAACUAAAACCUGCUGGUUCGCAUUCUUUUUUCCUUCGUUUGCGAAAGAAAGUAGGAACUAAAGGUUUUCCCAUAAACGAAUUACAUUAACGUUUACUUUACGAGAAUUAAUUAAUUUUCAAUCUUACAUUUCAUUUUGUAACAUUUACUGUACAUUUGAGAUUUUCUUUAAACAAAAUUUUUGAACUGUAUCGAUUGUGCUGCUUGCGGGUAAAAAUGUCGCCCCUGUUUCGUAACAAGUUUCUCCGUUCUCGUAACACCGCAAGAAACAGAAAUGUUUCAAGAUAGUCCGAGUGCAAUGGACCGAAUUACGGUAUCGACUGCAUAAUCGCUUCGGUUAGAUUUUUCCACGGAGAACACUUCGACCCACGUGUUCUCCCAGCUCCUUUUAUUUCUCUGCACAACUUUACGUUUUUAACAUUCCAAAAAUAAUUCUCCAACAGUUUCGAUUCAAGAUCAUCACCGUACGAAUACGAUACGAGCCAUCCAAAAUCGUUUCCACGCCUAACUCGUGAGUUCUCUUCUUCCUGUAUAAGAUAUUCUUAUUCGCGAGUAUAGUGCCUUCGUUUCGUGUGUUUUUGGUCCCACAACUGUGAGGAACAGCGCCUAAGAGCGCAUCCCCUGAAUGAUCCAGCAUGGGAAUCAGUGCCAAACGCCGUAAAACGUCCGACUUUGCGAACUGUAUCGACUUUUUGCCCUUCUCGAUCGAUUCCUUCGAUCCUUUCGCCACGGCGAAUUCAGCAGAAACUCCUUGGACCCGGUUUAUUCGCGUCCGAAACGAGUUUAACGUGGAUGACAAGCGGGUUCUCGCGAAUUCGUCUUGUCUCUUGGAUUAUCAGGCCGGAACGAGAGGUCUGCUCGCGUGUUUCUUGCGCUUGACACAAGUUAAAUUAACCCUUCGCAGUCCGCGGUUAUAAAACGCUUGAAAUUAUUCCUUAACCUGGCCAUUAUUCUCGAUGGAACAAGUUACCAGAAUUUCUACUACGUUUAUUUCAACAGGUUAGACUGGGUCUGCACGAAACACCGAGAAGACCUAACUAGAUGUUUAAGUUAGGUCUUAGGUAGUCUGAAUUUUUGCUCAAGAAAAAACUUUGAUCAUUUCUUUUCGCUGCAAGGGAUCGAAGCAAUAAUAAGCAGUUUCCGAUUCUCGUUCCGGGGCUAAUAUUUUUAUGGACGAAAUAAAUAUCGAUAAGCUUUUAACCAAAAGUGUUAACAUUAUUUUAUAACGAAAGGUUUGAAUGAAACUUCGAAAAGGAACUCGACGCCUCGCUUUUCGUUAAAGCAUUAUUCAUUAGCGUGGUGUCGAUUGAAGGAGAGAACAGGCUUGUCAAAAAGUCAUCGAGUUCCAAAUCGGACAGGAGGUGCAACUGGAACUUAUUUAUUUAAUCGCAUGUGCCAGAUGAUCGUAGAAAAAUCAGCUCGACGAUACUUGUUUUAUUUUAACCCUUUAACCGAGCAGAAAUUCGUGUCGAAUAUUUGCAGAGUAAAGCUCGUAUUACCAAAAAAUAAUCAUCGAUUAUCAAAAGUAUGGAUAAUUUUCAAGUAUAAACUUCCAACCUGUCUACAACGAGACGUUUUGCUCUGCGAAUAAUUCCGCGUUAUAGUUAAAGGGUUGCGAAUUCGUUAAGGACCGGUAGUAAUUACAGUUUCUUAGGAUUUCUCGCGGUACAAUCGCUAUUGUAUGAAAUCAACUAUUCGCCGUGACGAGUGAAAUAAUUGAAUUCUGUGUGCGGAAAAAUGUCAGACAAGGCUCUCCGAGCGAAGAAUAUUGUGCAAACUCAAUUACGAAGCGCGAACGAUUAUUUAUUUUAUCGUGGUCCGCGCGCUCGUCUCGCGAACCUGUACUCGCAUGAAUAGACCGCGGAUGUUUAUGCAAUUAUAAGCCAUUAAAAUAUGCAAAAUAUAUGCGACAAUGCGAUGAAUCAUUCGUACAGCGUGGUGGAUGUACACAGAAAAUGAGCGAGUGUGUGUGACUCGGGGCACAGAAAAGAAGUCUUAACUGUUCUGACCCCGUUUCUCAAAAGAAAUGUAAUUUAUCUACGUAGUGUCUCAUGGUCACGAAGAAAAUAUUCAACCUGAAUUUUGAACUCGAUCGGUAGAGGUAGAACAGUUAAGAAUUGUGGCUAUUUUAUGGGCAUGUAAAAUAAAAUAUAGGUACGUUUGGAAAAUUCAAUGACAAGGGAAGUGUCUAGACCUAAUCUUUGAACCAUUUGCAUAAACGUCUGCGGUCUAAUCACGGAAAAUAAUGUAUUUACCGCACAAAGAACCCGAUGGAAUCUCCUGUUCGUGUUUCCCGACGUUUCAUUUCGCUCGAAAUCGCGCGAGCUCCUCUCGUGACACGCUUACGUGUAACCGCGUCCUCUUACGUAACUUAGCUUCUAAAGAUCACCGACUCGAGCGUGUUGAAUGCUGGUGCCUGGUACAAUGUUGACAAAAUACUUGGCAACUCUUUAUAACUAUCAUUUUUCCUCAACUUCAAAGAUUCGCUGAAAUCGACGUUUAAUAUAUUUGAUCGGUGCCUGUAACGAUAGGUAAUCGAGUGAGCGAAGCGAUUAGAAGAGGGUUACCAGCGUUGCAAAAUACGAGAGACAGUGGGAAAGAAUUGUCGGAGCUGAAACGUGAUCGGAGAUCCAUCCUAUCCUCUUGAAUUACUUGUGAACAUGUUAUGUAUAUUGUUACGUGUCGAUUGCCAUUGCAGAAUUAAUUAAUAAUAAACUAACAAUGCAACUAAAACCAAACGCUUGGUUGCUGUUGUUCGUCCUUGUCGGUCAGUGCUUUUGUGACCAAUGCUAUCCAUCAAAAAGGACGAUCCUUUUUUCCAACACACUUAAAUUUUAGCUAAUCCAAAUAUCAUAAUAAAGCGGAAGUAGACAUUAAUCACGAAAUCUACAAGGUUACGCCGUGAUUUGAACAAUGAAAGGGAAUAAAAAUAAAAGAACUGUGA